GUGGGAGAGACAGCAGGAGCAGCCGCGGACCGGAGAGGCACACACUAUGUGCGGGCUCUCGCCGAAAAGGAGGCACUAUUCUUCCGGCGGAACCAUGUAAUGUGAGAGCUGCUGGACCGGAGCGAGCGAUUCGUGUCUUUUUCAUCAGUUCGAGGACCCCCCCCCUCCUCGCCCCCUCUCUCUCUCCCUCCUCUCCCUCCGAACCAUGUCCAAGCCCGGGGAGAGAAACAGGUUGAGCGAGGACCAUGGCAGAAAGCAGAGUUCAAGUCUGCAGGCGAACGGCAUGGACGGCCACGGGCCCGGGGUCUGCGGCUCGGUGGACAAGCGGGCGCACCACUGUAGAAGUUACAAGCUGAUCGUCGACCCGGCGCUGAAGAAGGGAUCGCACAAGCUCUACCGCUACGAUGGACUCACGUUCAACAUGCCCAACCCCGGGAUGGGCCCGGUGGACCUGGUCCGGGACCCGAGGAUCGGUCGCCUCUGGACCAAGUACAAGGAGAUCGAUCUACCGGUGCCGAAGUUUAAGAUCGACGAGUGCUACAUCGGGCCCGUGCCUCCCAAGGAGGUGACAUUCGCGCGGCUCAACGACAACAUCCGGGAGGGUUUCCUCCUGGACAUGUGCAAGAAGUUCGGGGACAUCGAGCAGGUGGAGAUCCUGUACAACCCGAAGACCAAGAAGCACCUGGGCAUCGCCAAGGUGGUGUUCGAGAGCGUCAAGUGCGCCAAGGUGGCGGUGCUGUCGCUGCACAACACGUCUGUGAUGGGAAACAUCAUCCACGUGGAGCUGGACCCCAAAGGUGACAAUCGCCUCCGGUACUUCCAGCUCCUGAUGAACGGCAGCUACAACCCCAUGACCCUGCCGGUGGGUGGAGAGGAGGCCAGAGACGUGUCCCCUCGGAGCCUGGCGGAGGUGUUACUGGCCUGCGAGCCCAUCCGCAGGUUGUCGGAGAACAGCGUGUCGACCGGGGGGGCGGCGUUACCCCCCAGCAGCUCCUCCACUCCUCUGUCCCAGGAUGCAGGCUUCUCCAGCCUGAGGCAGGACACGCCCCAGUCCCAGGGAACCCCUCUCACCCCACGCCAGUCCACUACGCCCUUUUCUCAAGACUCUAACUACUCCAGUCGGCAGUCCACGCCUGCGUACCAGUCCAGCCGACCCGAGAGCUCCGGCGGCUACAAGUCCCGGAGACACGAGAGCAAGUUCCAGGACGCGUACAACCGCCGGCCGGAGAGGCCUCAGUACCGCAGCAACAUGUACCGAGGGUCGGCGUCGGAACAGGCGCCGUUCAAACAGCACCAACACACCCCACCCGAACCUCCACCCACCACCCCGUCGUUCACAGCGCCCCCCCCUGCUACGCCCACCUUCAAGUCCACCUACUCGCCCUACCAAGCUCCGCCUCUCCCUGCGUUCCCCCCGUCAGAACCUGCUUUCCAUCAGCCACCGCAGAGGGAGGGGGAUUACCUCCGACCACCGCAGCCGCCGCCGCCUCCGGAUGACUCUGACUUUUUGCCCGGCAAGGAGAGACCAGAAACGCCUCCGAUGCCCGAGCCUCCACCCGAGCCGGCGGGCCAACCCACCACCCCUCCUCCUCCUCAAACGCCAGAACGCUGCCCCUCCCCUGUUUCCCCGGCGCUGGACCUGGAGCGCAACAGCCUGGACUCCCGCAUCGAGAUGCUGCUCAAAGAGAAACGGACAAAACUUUUGCCGUUCCUCGAGGAGCGAGAAUCGGACACUGAGGUGCUAAUGGAGGGAAGUCCCAUUUCCUCCUCGUCCUCUCAGCUAUCCCCAAUCCCCCCUUACUCUCACGGCGGGCUGCAGAACUCCCGUCCCUCCAGCACAGGGUUGGAGGACAUCAGUCCGACACCGCUGCCGGACUCUGAGGACGAGGAGCCGAUUCCGGGAACUGCAGCUCUGGUCAAGAAAAUCACUUCUCCCGUCCACGAGCAGAUGAGCAACAGUGACCUGCAGGACGGACAGUUCCGAGGACACACUCCCACUGAGAACAUGGAAACGUGUCAUCAGUCGUCGGGCGAGGACAUGGAAAUCUCCGACGACGAGAUGCCCGGGACUCCGACUAACAGCGGCGAAUGUGACAAGGGCAUCGUGGUGAACUCCGCCGUGUCCCCGAUGCAGACCAUCACCCUCCACACCCCCGGCUUCCACCCUAUGACGCACCAGGCCGCCUUCACCAUCCCGCACCACCAGCUGUCCCUUCACGCUGCCGUCCAGGCAGGUCACCUGGCCGGUCACCCCGGAGUGCCUCACCACAUGCUUCAACACAUGGGUCCCUACCCUCACAACAUGAUGCCCCUGGUGCAAAUGGAGCUGAUGAACUGCCUGCGCUGGGAGCAGUGGAGCAACGUGCCCAUGUCGUUCCAGAUGCAGCAGCAGAUGUUGAGUCGCAUCGCUCAGACCAGAGGACCCUACCCCUAUCCGCACUUUAUGGACACUGGUGCAUCGGGUCAGUUUGCUGGACCCUACGCUCCUCAGACUCUCGCUGCCACGCCCACCAGCGGCAGUGCAGCGGCACCUGGACAGCAGUGGGAGCAAACCAGCGUACCAAAGUUCAACCCCACUGUUCCUCCUCCUGGAUACGAGGGCAAGAAGGAGGAUCCACACAAGGCCACUGUGGACGGCGUGCUGCUGGUCAUCGUCAAAGAGCUGAAGGCCAUCAUGAAGAGGGACCUCAACCGCAAGAUGGUGGAGGUGGUGGCCUUCAGAGCCUUCGAUGACUGGUGGGACAAGAAGGAACUUUCGGCAAAGACAUCUUUGACUCCAGUGAAGGGCACAGAGGGGAAAGAAGAAGAAAGACCCAAACCCAAAGAGACCAUUGGCUCCAGUCUGCUGGAGAACUGGAACAAGGGCGAGGGACUGGGCUACGAGGGCAUGGGCCUGGGAAUCAGUUUGCGUGGAGCCAUCCGUCUUCCCUCCUUCAAGGUGAAAAGGAAGGACCCACCAGAGGCCGCAGCAGCAGGCGACAGUAAACGAGCCCGACCCUCCACUCCCGUCGAUGACGAGCUGGAGGAUGAAGACCGGGAUCGAGACCCAGCCGAGCUCCCGUUGGACGAUUCAAAAACGGACAGCGACGGCAUGUCUGCAAAGAGACGGCACGCCCGGCCGCUGGAGCUGGACAGCGAGGGAGAGGAGGAGGUGGACACAUCGGGGAAGGAGGAGUCGUCGUUGUCGGACCGGGCGGAUGAACCUAGAGACAGGCUGUCGUCGGGCAAAGAGAGUGGUGAUGAUGAAGAGGGUGACGAUGAAGACUCAUCCAGCGAGAGCGCCUCCUCGGAUUCGUCUGAUGAUGAAGCCGAGAGUUCAGCUUCGUCCAAGGUCGGCUCGGACUCCUCGGCAGAGAGCGAAGACUCGUCCGAGAACGAGUUGAGCUCAGAAGAGGAGGAAGAGGAGAAGGAAGAAGUGGAGAAACUGGGCGAAGAGUAUGAAGGCAAAGGGGCUGCGAUGUCCACGACCUCUUCGUCCUCGUCGUCCUCGUCUUCCGAUGAAGAGGCGGAGCCCAAGCCCCCGAGCCCACCUGCAGGACCUGUGCUGGAAGUCAAGGAGGAGAAACGAAGCAAGGAGGUGUUCAUCAGCAAGAUCAAACGCAGACCUCCGAGUCCUGUGGAGGAGAAGGUGGACCUGAAGCCGCCUUCACCUGAAGACCCAGUCAAAGAGCGAGACGUUAAAGAGGGGAUCAUCCCCGUAGUGAAGUCUGAACCUCAGGAGCCCGCGGCCAUCCUCCGGCCGGCCACGCCCACAGGCGCGGCGCCCGACAGCGACCAGGAAGUGAAAGCCAAAGGUAAAACAGAGCCCAUGGAGGUAGCCUGCACCCCCGCUCGAGUACCCCCACCCCGCUUAGAUCCACCUGUCCCCAAACCCGUCCCCACAUCGUUAAUGCACCUCCCUCUCCCUCCUCACCCUACGGUAGAAGGUCGCUCCCUCCUCCAUCCCCCCCCCGGCCCCCUGCCUGACCUCCCACAGCGGCCCCGCCUCCCCACAGACGAGGACAUCCCCCGCACGCCGGGUCGGGACCUGAUGGAGCGCGCCCGCAGCCUGGGGAAGUCCCAGAGCACGGACACAGUGCCCAACACCCCGGGCAGUGACGCCCCACUGACGGGCAGUAGCCUGCUGCUCAGCUCCCCCCACAUCCCCGGUAGCCCCUUCUCCUACCCCGCCCAGUCCCCUGUCCUCAGCGCCGGAGUCCCCCGGACCCCAGGGAGAGACCUGACCUUCACCCCCGUGUUCCCUGACCCCACCGCACUAACUCUUAAUAGGAAAGUGUCCCUUGAGAGCCUGGAUGAUAGACCCGUUUUUAAGGAGCCGCCCAUUAGUGCACUGCCUAACCAAACCCUCUCCGCCGGCACAGAGCUCUCCGCUAGUGUCCCUGGAGAUCUGCCUGCUGGUCUCACUGUGGACGUCCCGGUGCCGUCAGACACCGCCGCGUCCAAGAAGAAAACUGGACGAACCAAAGGCAAGAAGGGGCCGUCUGCGCUGGACGGGUCUUUGGGGUCCGACUCCACCACGCUGCCUCAUGACACACACCUGGGAGAUCUGUCCACGCAGAUCAAGUCGGCCAAGUCUCCCGACCACCCGAGUCUGGACUUCCGGGAAGGAGACGUCAAGCCUCCGACGGCGCUGCCCGCCUCAGACGGCUUCCUGUCCUACGAGGACGAGGCGCCGGUGGUGGUGAAGCCGCCUCGGAAGGCGCGGCGCCGCUGGGAGGAGCUGCUGCUGAACAGCCUGUCGCCCGUCGCCACGCCGCCUCGGCCGUACUUCAAGCGCCGCUCCGACUUCGAGGAGAUGACCAUCCUGUACGACAUCUGGAACGAGGGUAUCGACGAGGAGGACAUCCGGCUCCUGCAGAUCACCUACGACAAGAUGCUGCAGCAGGACAACGGCAACGACUGGCUCAACGACACGCUCUGGGUCGGCCAUCCUUCUACCAACAUCCCUGGAGUGAAGAAGAAGAGGCGGGACGACGGCAUGAGGGAUCACAUGACCGGCUGCGCCCGAAGCGAAGGCUACUACAAGAUCGACAAGAAGGACAAGAUCAAGUAUCUCCAGAGCACCAAGCUGCAGCUGGAGGAGCCGCCGGUCGACACCCAGGGGAUGAGUAUCCCUCCGCAGGUCCACGCCUCCACCAGGUCGGGCUCGGAGCGGCGGUCGGAGCAGCGGCGUCUGCUCUCCUCCUUCGCCUGCGACAGUGACCUGCUGAAGUUCAACCAGCUGAAGUUCCGUAAGAAGAGGAUCCAAUUCCGUCGGUCGCACAUCCACGACUGGGGCCUGUUCGCCAUGGAGCCCAUCGCUGCGGAUGAGAUGGUGAUAGAGUACGUGGGACAGAACAUCCGACAGGUGAUCGCGGACAUGCGGGAGAAGCGUUACGAGGAGGAAGGCAUCGGCAGCAGCUACAUGUUCCGAGUCGACCACGACACCAUCAUCGACGCCACCAAGUGUGGCAACUUCGCCCGUUUCAUCAACCACAGCUGCAAUCCGAACUGCUACGCGAAGGUCAUCACGGUGGAGGCUCAGAAGAAGAUCGUCAUCUACUCCCGGCAGCCGAUCAACGUCAACGAGGAGGUGACGUACGACUACAAGUUCCCCAUCGAGGACGAGAAGAUCCCCUGCCUGUGUGGGGCGGAGAACUGCAGAGGAACGCUGAACUAACAUCCGCUCGACGGCAGAAGAAUCUCCUGCAGGGUGGAGAGAGAAGAGGGUCGGGGGGGCGAGCGCAGACUCCAGGCCGACUCCCCCGAGGAGGAGGAGGUGAAGGAGGGAAGGUUUUGCUUGGGAGCGAAACCUGCGGCCGGCCUGGAUCAAGUUGAAGCUACCUGUACGGAACUCUUCACAUAUUUAACUCUAGAUUGUUUACGAAUUAUGGUGCUCUUGAAAUGAAAAAUUGCAUUGUUUUUUACGAAUGCCAGUGGGUUAGGGUUAUCUACAGAAGACUUGACAUCCCCCCUUCCUCCUCCUCUCGGCGAUUUCAGUAUUUCAGCACGGCUCCUCUCCGCUUCGAGUCCUGGUUUGUACAGUUUUACACUUUGUUUUUGGUUUAGUUUUCUUCUCAUUUGUCUCAUAAGCUUUACGUACACAACACACGUGACACAGACUCACACGAUCAGCUGCUUACUAACACUGUUGAGACGCACAAGCCCAACCAGGGAAAACACCGCCUCUCUGUGAGGGGUGGGGGGGGACGUGGUCGC